AAUAAUAUUUAGUUAUAAAUUAAAAAGAAAAAAAAAAACACUGAAAAUGGUGGAUCUCCACUCAGCAUCUAUCGAUCGCAGGCUUGCAUUUUUAGGUUGUUGCUUCUGGUUGUUUUAAUGGCAUAAUGCCAAGGAAAAGUUCAAGGAAUAUCCAAAAUCAGCUCAGUAAUGAUGAUUGUGAAACCAAUCGAUAUUUUGUUCGUCAGGUUGGAAAGCAUUUGAGACUGCAACCAGGUGAUACUCUGUGGACCAAGGUCAAUGGUUGUUCAUGGUGGCCUGCACAGGUUGUCAAUGACAAACGCAUAAGUAAUAGAUUCAAGCGAAAAGCAGAAGGUGAAGUUCUGGUUAGACUUUAUGGAACAUAUGAGUAUGUAUCCGUGGAUCCUGUGAAGUCCCAUUCUGAGUUUGCUAAUAAACUCAAACAAGAAAAUAGCAAAAAACACGAAGUAUUUCAGAAAGCCCUUGAGGAGGUUCUUUCUCAUGCAAAAUCAGGUUGUAAUUCAAAGAAAAAAGUUUCUAGAUGCUCAGAAAUUGUAGCAUCUGUAAAUUCUAAGAUCAAAAGGCAGAAAACAUCUGGAAAUUCUAUGGGGAAAAGGCGAGAGCAACAUGUGGUAGAGAGAAGUCAGGAAAACCAAAGUCCUGCAUCUCCAGAGGCGCAAACAGAUAAUGUGAAAAAAUCAAAAUCAGUACGGCAGCGGAGGCGAAAGAGUAAAGCUGAGGCUUUUGGAGAUAACAAAUCAAGAAAAUAUGAUCUAAGAAAAACUAAGGAUCGCGAGCAGAAAAAUGUUAGCAUGGACAAAGAUCAGAAAAAUAUGAAGGAUGUUGUUUGUGUGAAAUCUGGUGAAAAUGCAACAGCAACAAAAGAAAAUACUGCAUCCAAAGCAUCCAGAGGAAAAAAGCCGGAGAAGAUAUCUACCAACAAUGAUGAUGCAGAUGGUCUUGCCAUUCCUGAAACUCGUUCUCGUGAAGCUGCUGUGAAGGAAUCAAGCGCAAUUCCAAAAAAAAGAGGCAAAGCUUUACAAGAGAAUAAAACAAAGAAAAAUGAGGUGAAGAAGAGAAAGGCACGUGACGCAUCUGAAGAUAACAUCAUUGAAGCAAAUGUUUCCAAAAAGCCAAAUUUAGCCCGAAGUUUGAGGGAUAAAACUUCUGAUGUCAGAACUGCAAUCCAAGAUGUGGUGAAUCAGACAGUAAAAAAGAAAUCAAAUGCUAAAGCGUGUAAUGGUAAGUUGACUAAAAAGGCAAAAAAUGAGGUGGUUGAUGUCAAAAGCUCAAAGCAAAACAUUUCAACUCCACCAAAGGAAACUUUGAGAACAAAGAGCCCGAUUUCUAAGAAGGUUGCAGAAGCCGAAGAAGAAUCGAUGAGUAUAAAAAUGAAAGUAAUGCAAAGCCUGGGUCUGAUUGCUCCGUCAGGAUCUCCCUUCAAAAGAAAUCUGGUAACGAAAGGUGGCCGGAGAAUAUUCUGAUUUGCUGAAUCAGUAGUAUCAUUUUUUGUUUUCCACUAGUGUGUGAUUUUGCUGGACACUACAUUUAUGUUUUGAGUGUCCAAAACAGAUGUUUAUGCAAUGCUGAAAUGCUGUUUUGUUCAGAAAUGAAUUUAGUUUCAGUUGAUCUCUUCAAACUCA